AGCAGCAAAACGGAGGAAUGAAUGAGUGCAUCUAUAACUCUCAGGGAUGAUGAUUUUGUGCCUAGUUAAUCAAUCACCACGGUCAGCUGCAUGGCAAACCUCUACAGAGAAAAUGAGAGGGCCAAAUCUAUUUUCCGACAGCUGGAGUCUGCAGUCACUCCACUGGUGUCGGCGGAGCGCGGUCACAGAGACGCAGGCGUCGGGAUGUCAACGCGGCUCUCUUUCUCUCAGUACCGCGUGGAGGCGGAGGUCGAGCGCUGCCGGGCGGACUGUCACUGGGACAAAAUACCGUCUUUAGUGGAGCAGCUCACUGCCGCGCGCCUGCAUGACGAUGAUGAUUACAGGACGCUGCUGCUGGCUGAAUCUCUGUUGGAAGAAUGUCUGCUGGAGAACAUUACCCUGCUGAAGAAUUCUAUACCUCUGACUGAACAUUCACAGCCAAAACUAGCCCGAGCCAAAGCUCACCUCGACAGCAUCCUUUGCAGAGGACUCCUGGAGCCGCACUACAUGAAUGAAGCUCUCCUACUGCUGGCUAAAGUGUACUACGUGCAGGGACGUUACAGGGACGCCCAGGGCAUGUGUGCCAGAGCGGGUGUCGAUGAUUUCGCCCGCCACGAGCAGCCUGUCUACCAACUUCGCAUGCUGGCAGAGGCCUUUGUCAUCAAAGGUAUGUCUUUGGACCAUCAGUCUAUGUCUGGUGCUUCCCGUGUUAGACUGUCUGAGAGAGAGGAAGAAUGCCUGACCUGUUACCUCAUGGCCUGUGAUGCUGGCCUGUUAUAUCUGCAAGAGCUUGACAAGACUGUUUGCACGCCGAGUUCCAAAACAGCUAAAAGCAGUUCAUCAGUCCUUCAUUUUGAUUUGGACCCAGGCUUCUUCCUGCAGGCGGCUCUUCAGAGCGCAUACCUGUCGCUGCUGAGGAAAGGUCACUUGGCUCAGGGUACACACCAGCUGCGGCGGGUCAUGAGGGCCGUGGAGAGUCGGGGGUCGCAGAAUUUUCGUAAGACAGUAGCGUGCAGGCUUGCAGAAGUGUUGCUGGGUUCAGUGUGUGAGGACGCGUACUGGGAUCCACUGUCUCCUCCACCACCCGGCUGGCUGAAGAAAGAAGGAGUCACACACCCCAAAGAUGCCAUCUACCCCUCGUCCAGACCACCACAGCGCUACAACACUGAGGGAGCUUUCUGUCCGCAGGACGUGGUUGAAGAGGCGGUGCUGGUGCUCCUCAUCACAGAGUCAAUGGCCAGUGGCGAGGCAGUGAUCAGCCGCACCCCAGAGCACCGGGAGGCGAGGGAGAGCAGCAUGCAGGACGCCUCCUCGGUCUAUGACCUGCUGAGCAUCGGCAUGGCCAGGAGGGGGCAGUACUCCAUGCUGUCCGAGUGUUUGGAGCGGGCCAUGAAGUUCUCCUAUAAUGAGUUUCAUCUUUGGUACCAACUUGGCUUGUCUUUGAUGGCAAGUGGGAAGAAUGAGGGUGCAGUGUCAGUCCUCAAAGAGUGUGUGACGAUGAAACCACAGGACCCCAUUCCACCUCUGCUUGCAGCAAAAGUGUGCAUCAACCAGCUACACUGGCUGGAGGAUGCAGUGUCCCUCGCAGCAGGUGUGGUUGCUUUAGGAGAGUGUGCUGGAGAGUCUCUUCCACAAGCUCAUCUGGCCAUAGGACUGUGCCGUAGUAUGCAGGCAACUGACGCCACUCUGAAAGCAGACCGCGAUGAGUUCAACAGAAGAGCGCUGCAGUCACUACGGAAAGCACAAUCGCUGGAUCCUCAGGACCCUCAGAUCUCCUUCUGCCUGUCUCUGCAGCUCGCUCUGGUUCGACAGGUGUCAGAAGCGAUGAAGCCGUUGGAGUUGGCUCUGAAUGUUCGUGGGGAUGAUCUGCACUCUCUACACCUGCUGGCUCUACUACUCAGUGCCCAGAAACACUACCAACAUGCUCUUGAUACUCUAAAACUCGCCCUUAACCAGCACCCGGACAACUUUAAUCUUCUCUUUACCAAAGUGAAGCUGGAAGAGGUUUUGUUCGGACCUGCUGCAGCUUUACAGACCUGUACCGAAAUGCUGCAGUUGUGGCAAAGCCGCUAUGAUUUUACCCGACUCAGUGAGGAGGAUGACACUAGUAGCAUACCCCCUGAUCCAGGCCCAUUGAGCAGGAAACCCAGCGGCCUCCAUCUUACCCUCCCAGACUUCCAGGAGACAGAGACCGGGUCUCAGAGCGCUCCGUCUCUCGCUGUGUCUCGUCUGGAACAGGCCAUGUCGGAAGUGUCAGCCAUCAGCUCCACCCACAGACACGGCCCUGCCUACAUUUGGACCACCCUGGAGCGCAUCUGGCUGCAAGCAGGGGAGCUGUUCAUCGCUGAUGGGCGGAUGAAGGAAGCUCAGUUCUGUGUGCAGGAGGCAGGGACUCUCUUCCCGACCUCACACUCAGUGCUGCUGCUCAAGGGCCGUGUGGCUGAGCUUAGGGGCAACGACACCGAGGCCAAGAGCCUGUACGAUGAAGCUCUCGCCAUCAACCCCAGAGGACACCAUAUACUGCUUCACCUGGGGAAGUUGUUGGUGCGCACAGGCCGCGUGGGUCUCGGGGAGAAGAUGCUGAGGGACGCGAUACAAGUGCAUAACACGGCACACGAGGCCUGGAGUGCCCUAGGGGAGGCGCUACAGAGCAGAAGCUGCUCACAGGCUCCCGACUGCUUCCUCACCGCACUGGAGCUGGAGUCCAGCUGCCCUAUCCGGCCCUUCACCAUCAUCCCACGAGAACUCUGACACAUCUAUGACACUCUGCUGGCUUUCAAUCACUUUAAUGACACGUACUGUAUAUCAAAAACUUUGCACUUUUGACUCUUGAUUGAAAGGGAGCGUGAUCGUAUUUGUGAAAUUUCACAAGCAAACAAGGUCCGUCGUGAAUACUUUUCGCUCACCCAGUUUUCUGUUGAACAAUGUGGCAAAAGAAAAUAUAUGAGAAAAUUCAAUGUGGGACUUUUU